AUCCAAGGCUGGACCUCUACGCCCAUCCCCAACUUCACCUUGUCCGCCGCUGGCCUCCUCGUCCUCGCAGAUCUCAGCACCGUCGCGCAGCGCACCGCUCUCCGUGGCGGUUCGUCCUGGCUAGACAGCCUGCUGCUCGUCCCGGGGCUCCACUAUCAGCAGGCUGCAGACGAACUUGCCCGUGCCGAGGGCGCCGCACAGCUCAUUGCCGCGGAGGUCGGUGUGGAUGGUAAGGUUGUCACCCAUACCAUCGUGAACAGGGCAGUGGUGAACUACAUCCUGCAAGCGGCCCAGGAGGGGAAGACGGUGGUUCUGGACGUCGGCGAGAUCCCAGUGCGGUCGCGGAGCUGGGCAGCCCGAAGGAGGGAUGGGGGACGCGGUCAGAGGGGGAUGGUAUACAGCGGUCGUGGCGUCGAGGAGCCGGUGGCACAGGAGCUGACCUGGGCGGCCCAGCUGCUGUACCUAGCCAGCCCUGCGCUGACAUGUGUAGCCAUCGUGUUUGUGGUCUUGCUAGCGGACUGGUGGGCGCUGGGCCUGAUCCUCGCGCUGAUGUUAUCUCGCAUCCUGAACAUCGCCGUUAUUAAAGCCCGUUCGCGGCCCAAGCCCGUAGGCCUGCCGCCUCCGUUCACGCAACCCCCAGCCACCAGCAUGCAACCCCUUCCUCCGCCCAGGCCUACCCAGUACACCAUCACGCUGAAUCCCACCACCGCUGUGAUCUUGCGCGGCCUAGACGUGGACCUCUACGCCCUGACCACCACCGUCUGGCUUCGGCCCAAGACGCACGCCGAGGGCUACCUCGAGGCCGCCGCCAAGCUGCUCGUUUACCUGGUCGCCUCCGUCAGCGAGAACGCCACGCAGGCUGGGAACCUGGUCCUGCUCAUGCUCCUUCUCGCCAGCGCCGGCCUCCUGGCCCUCAGCAACGCUCGCGUCACUGGCCUGCGGAGCGGCGGC